AUGGAGUUAAACGUAGACACCUCUGGGGCUGCGGUUGGUCCUAUGAACAAGACAGAAGACCUAAUCGUAUGCUAUUCGCCAACCAUGAUCACCACAAGUGGCAUCUGGCAAGGCGACAACCCUUUGGAUUAUUCGCUUCCUCUCUUCAUCUUGCAGCUCACUCUCGUCGUCAUUACCACCCGCGUUCUUGUCUUCAUCCUCAGACCCUUCCGCCAGCCCAGAGUCAUCUCUGAGAUCCUUGGAGGUGUGUUGUUGGGUCCAUCAGUUCUGGGACGAAGUAGUAAGUUUGCCAACGCAGUGUUCCCAUUGAGGAGCGUGAUGGUUCUAGAGACCAUGGCAAAUGUCGGAUUGCUCUACUUCUUGUUCUUAGUUGGGGUGGAGAUGGACCUCACCGUGAUCAGGCGCACAGGAAAGAAGGCCUUGUUCAUCGCUCUUGCUGGUAUGAUCCUGCCAUUCAUCAUAGGCGCUGCGUUCUCCUUCUUUUUGCUCGAAAUAAAGGAGCAAACCACUGUUAACCAUGUCACCUACCUCCUCUUCCUCGGCGUCGCUCUUUCUGUGACAGCUUUCCCCGUGCUAGCUCGUGUCCUUGCAGAGCUAAAACUCCUCAACACGGAGAUCGGGAGAAUAGCCAUGUCUGCGGCCAUAAUAAAUGACAUAUCUGCAUGGAUCCUGCUUGCCGUGGCCAUUGCUGUGGCCGAGACUGAUGCCGCCUCUUUGGCCUCCCUCUGGGUGAUUGUCUCCACAGCCAUGUAUGUCUUGGUUUGCAUCUUUCUUGUCAGGCCUGCAAUUUCAUGGAUCAUAAGACGAACCCCAGAGGGCGAGAACUUCAAUGAUGUCUAUAUCUGCCUCAUUCUCACCGGGGUCAUGAUCUGCGGAUUCAUCACUGACGCUAUAGGCACCCAUUCCAUCUUCGGUGCCUUCGUCUUUGGUCUUGUAAUACCCAAUGGACCGCUUGGAGCAGCCCUCAUUGAGAAGCUUGAAGAUUUUGUCUCAGGGCUUCUUCUCCCGCUCUUCUUCGCCAUUAGUGGCCUUAGGACCGAUAUUGCCUCCAUCCAUGGGUCUUCCACCUGGGCAGUAUUGAUGGUCAUCAUCGCUUUGGGCUGUGCCGGCAAGGUGUUUGGAACAGCUCUUGUUGCUUUCUUCUACGAUAUGCCAAUCCGAGACGGAAUCGCUCUUGGACUACUAAUGAACGCUAAAGGCUUAGUUGAGAUGAUUGUCCUCAACGUCGGCAAGGACCAGAAGGUUAUAGACGAUCAGUCAUUUGCGCUCAUGGUGGUUGUUGCAGUACUCAUGACAAGCGUCAUCACUCCGGUCGUAACGAUGAUCUAUAAACCGGCGAGACGAUUUGUACCAUACAAGCGUAGGACCAUUCAGAGAUCCAAGCUUGACGGGGAGUUCCGUAUAUUGUCCUGCAUCCACACACCUCGCAAUGUCCCAACCAUGAUCAAUCUCCUUGAAGCUUCUCAUCCCAGUAAGAGAUCACCCAUUUGCGUCUACGCACUCCACCUUGUGGAACUCACAGGACGUGCCUCUGCCAUGCUGAUUGUCCACAACACCCGCAAGACUGGUCAUCCUGCUCUCAAUCGCACCCAGGCACAGUCUGACCACAUCAUCAAUGCUUUCGAAAACUACGAGCAACAUUCAGGCUCUGUCUCCGUCCAGCCCCUCACUGCAAUCUCUCCCUACUCCACCAUGCACGAGGACAUAUGCAACCUGGCUGAAGAUAAACGAGUCGCCUUCAUCAUCCUCCCUUUCCACAAGCAACAAACUGUGGAUGGUGGUAUGGAGGCCAUCAAUCCUGCCUGCCGCAAUGUCAACCAAAAUGUCUUGGCCAAUGCCCCUUGCACCGUCGGCAUUCUUGUUGACCGCGGCCUUGGUGGGGCUUCACGAGCGGCAGCAGGCCAAACCUCCCACCACAUUGCUAUACUCUUCUUUGGUGGACCUGAUGAUAGAGAAGCAUUGGCGUAUGCAUGGAGGAUGUCGGAACACCCCGGCAUUAUCUUGACCGUGAUACGCUUCAUCCCAGGGGAAAAUGCAGUGGAUCCCCUGGUGGAACCCGCCAGCGAUACCCAUGAUAUAAAAAUCCUAACAGUGAUUACAGACAGCGAGAAAGAGAGGCAUCUCGACGAUGAGUACGUAAAUGAAUUCAGGAUGAAGAAUAUGCACAAUGAAUCGAUUACAUACACGGAGAAGAUUUGCAACAAUGGGGAGGAGACGGUGGCCGUAAUACGGUCCAUGGACAACAUGCACGACCUAUACAUUGUUGGGAGAGGACAAGGUAUGGUAUCACCUCUCACCGCUGGUCUCACUGAUUGGAGCGAGUGCCCGGAACUGGGGGCAAUCGGAGACUUGCUGGCAUCGUCGGACUUUGCUUUAACAGUAUCGGUGCUUGUGAUGCAACAAUAUGCGGGAGCGUCACAUCAUAACGAAGGAGCUGGGAUACCAGACAGCCCAGCAACACAAUCUGGUGACUAUUUCCAGCAAAUAAACCGGCGGAUGUUUAGGGGGGGUUAG